ACAUAAAGUUGCCGAUACGCUCACAGUCUCGAAAGCACAGUCUUGCAUUUGGAUUCUAUAUACACGAAGCAUUGCACACACACAUACAAAUUCAGAGUAUGCCGUCGCACAAGUGUCGUGCGCCGUGAACGAGCGACGCGGGGCAUGCGCAGCGCACACGUUGCAGCUUGCAAGCUCGAGUUGGUCGUUGGAGCUGCGCGCACACAGGCACACACGGUAAAGCUGCAAAAAGCUGCGCGCACAGCACUACUCGCUGUGUGCAUGAACUCGAAUAGCCAAAGCAGCCGCAGCCAGAGCAGAAGAAGAAGCAGAAGAAGAGAAGCAGCAGCAGCAGCGGUAGCAGCAGUUAGUGGCCGGGAUCCGUGAGCCUCAGAGCUCGAUGCGGCGGCGCGGCAGCUCUCGCGAAAGGGACAAAAGUGCAGUGCAGUGAGGCAGUGUGAGCAGCAGGAGGGCAGCGGCCGAUAAUCAACACAUCAUGUUUCCCGGCACGUGACGAUGAUGAUACUGCUACUACUAAUACCACUGGACUGUUGUACGGGCCGCCACUCCGGUUUUAUGCGCGAGUGAAAUUAUUUUAUUUUAUUUUUUAUCUCCCCGCAAUUAUAUAUAUAUAUAUAAGUGCAAAUUUUGUCGAGUGUCGGUUGGUGCGUGUGUAAAAGUGAUUGAAGGAGAAAGAAGAGAGUAAAUUAGAAAAAGGAGAAAGCAAAAAAAAAAAGCACCAACGAAUACAGACUCAGGAGUGGCGGUGUGUCUCUCCGUGAGAGAUCGAGGUAGCACUCGAAGAAGAAGAAGGAGAGGAACAAAGAAAAACAACGACGAAACGAAAAAGAAAUAGAUAAAGCAACGGAGUUGUCACGUCUGGGGAAGCUUAGGAGCCUCCGAGGAUGGCGGACAGCGAGGGUGGCUCCGAGCAGGAUGAUGUCUCGUUCCUUCGCACGGAAGACAUGGUGUGUCUUUCGUGCACGGCCACCGGGGAGCGAGUCUGUCUGGCUGCCGAGGGCUUCGGCAAUCGGCACUGCUUCCUCGAGAACAUCGCCGACAAAAACAUACCGCCGGACCUGUCGCAAUGCGUCUUCGUUAUCGAGCAGGCGCUGUCCGUGAGGGCACUGCAGGAGCUCGUCACAGCCGCCGGAUCCGAAACGCAGCAAGAAAGUUUAGGAAAAGGCACCGGUUCCGGACACAGAACGCUGCUCUAUGGCAAUGCCAUACUACUUCGUCAUCUCAACAGCGACAUGUACCUCGCGUGCUUAUCGACGAGUUCGUCGAACGACAAAUUGGCCUUCGACGUCGGUCUACAGGAGCACUCGCAGGGCGAGGCCUGCUGGUGGACCGUGCACCCGGCGUCCAAGCAAAGAUCCGAGGGUGAAAAAGUGCGAGUCGGCGACGACCUCAUCUUGGUGUCGGUCGCCACCGAGAGAUACUUGCAUACAACGAAAGAAAACGACCUGUCGGUGGUCAACGCCUCGUUUCACGUGACCCACUGGUCGGUGCAGCCCUACGGCACCGGCAUCAGUCGCAUGAAGUACGUCGGCUACGUGUUCGGCGGCGACGUGCUGCGAUUCUUCCACGGCGGCGACGAGUGCCUCACGAUACCGUCCACCUGGAGCGACGCGCCUGGACAAAACUUGGUCAUUUACGAGGGCGGAAGCGUAAUGAGCCAGGCGAGAUCGCUGUGGCGCUUGGAGCUGGCCAGAACCAAGUGGGCCGGCGGAUUCAUCAAUUGGCUGCAUCCCAUGAGGAUCAGGCAUCUCACCACCGGCCGCUAUCUCGCCGUCAAGGAAAACAACGAACUUUAUUUGGUCGACAGAAACGAAGCAACCAUCGAGUCGUCCACGUUCUGGUUUCGGCAGGAAAAGGACGAUCAGAAAAUCGUCCUCGAGGACAAGGAUCUCGAGGUCAUCGGUACGGCCAUCAUCAAGUACGGCGACUCGACCGUCAUCAUGCAGCAUGCCACCACGUGCCUAUGGGUUUCGUACAAGUCGUACGAGACGAAGAAGAAGGGAGUGGGCAAGGUCGAGGAGAAGCAAGCCGUGCUCCACGAGGAGGGCAAAAUGGACGACGGCCUGGACUUUUCGCGCUCGCAGGAGGAAGAGUCGAGGACGGCUCGCGUCAUAAGAAAGUGCAGCAGUCUCUUUUCGCAAUUCAUAAGCGGACUGGAGAUGCUGCAGGUGGACCGUCGCGCGUCCAUGUUCUUCCAGAACAUCAAUCUCAACGAGAUGGUGAUGUGCCUCGAGGAUCUGAUCAACUACUUCGCCCAGCCCGAGGACGACAUGGAGCACGAGGAGAAGCAGAAUCGCUUCCGCGCCCUGAGAAACCGUCAGGAUCUGUUCCAGGAGGAGGGCAUACUGAAUCUCAUCCUCGAGGCGAUCGACAAGAUCAACGUGAUCACGUCGCAGGGUCUGCUGGUCGCUCUGUCGGGCGAAGAGACCGGCCAAGCCUGGGACCAGAUCUCCGGCUAUCUGUAUCAGCUGCUGGCCGCCAUAAUCAAGGGCAAUCACACGAAUUGCGCCCAGUUCGCCAACAGCAAUCGUCUCAAUUGGCUGUUCUCGCGUCUGGGCUCGCAGGCCUCGGGCGAGGGCACGGGCAUGCUCGACGUGCUGCACUGCGUCCUCAUCGAUUCGCCGGAGGCGCUCAACAUGAUGCGCGACGAGCACAUCAAGGUCAUCAUAUCGCUGCUGGAGAAGCACGGCCGCGACCCCAAAGUCCUGGACGUGCUGUGCUCGCUGUGCGUGGGCAACGGUGUCGCCGUGCGCUCGUCCCAGAACAACAUCUGCGACUUUCUCCUGCCCGGCAAGAAUCUCCUGCUGCAGACUCAGCUGGUCGAUCACGUGUCGAGCGUCCGGCCCAACAUCUUCGUCGGCCGCGUCGAGGGCUCGUCCCUCUACCAGAAGUGGUACUUCGAGGUCACGGUCGACCACAUCGAGCAGACGACGCACAUGCCGCCCCACCUGAGGAUCGGCUGGGCCAACACGGCGGGCUACACGCCCUAUCCGGGCGGCGGCGAGAAGUGGGGCGGCAACGGAGUGGGCGACGAUCUCUACUCGUUCGGCUACGACGGCUGCUACCUGUGGACGGGCGGCCGCAAGACCCAGGUGAUGGAGCACGAGCGCGUCCCCUACAUACAGAAGGGCGACACGAUCGGCUGCUCGCUCGAUCUCACCGUGCCCAUAAUCGAGUUCAACUUCAACGGGGUGCCGUGCUUCGGCACCUUCCGCGAGUUCAAUCUCGACGGCAUGUUCUUCCCCGCGAUCAGCUGCUCGUCCAAGGUCUCGUGUCGAUUUCUGCUCGGCGGCGAUCACGGCAGGCUGAAGUUCGAGCCGCCGCUGGGCUUCUCGCCGCUGGUGGAGAGCCUGCUGCCCCAGCAGAUACUGUCGCUCGAUCCGUGCUUCUACUUCGGCGACAUGAACAAGGUCGUGCUGGCGGGUCCCUGGUUGAUGGAGGACGACACGGCCUUCGUGCCCUGUCCCGUCGACACGGCCCUGGUCAAUCUACCGCCGCACGUCGAUCAGAUACGCGACAAGCUCGCCGAGAAUCUCCACGAGAUGUGGGCCAUGAACAAGAUCUACGACGGAUGGAUAUACGCGCCCGUCAGGGACGAUCUGUUAAAACAUCAUCCGUGUCUCACCUCGUUCGAUCAGCUGUCGCCGGAGGAGCGCAAAUACGACUCCCAGCUGGCCACCAACAUACUGAAGACCAUCCUGGCGCUGGGCUACUACAUCACGAUGGACAAGCCUCCGGCGAGGAUCAAGCAGUUGAGGUUGGCCGGCGACAGAUUCGGCCAGAGCAAUCGUUACAAACCCGCGCCGCUGGAUCUCACGGCGGUCUCGUUGACCGCCAAGAUGGAGGAGUUGGUCGACCAGUUGGCCGAAAACACGCACAAUCUCUGGGCCAAGGAGAAGAUCGCCGAGGGAUGGACCUACGGACUGAACGAGGACGACGAGAUGAGACGGAGUCCGCAUCUGGUGCCCUACUCCAAAGUGGACGAGGCCAUCAAGACGGAGAACAGGGCGACGGCCAGUCAGGCCGUGAAGACCCUGUUGGUUUACGGAUACAUGUUGGAUCCGCCGACCGGAGAGCAGCACGAAGCCCUGCUGCUCGAGGCGAGCCGUCAGCGUCAAUUGCUGUUCCGUACGUAUCGCGUGGAGAAGCAUUACGCCGUCUCCUCGGGCAAGUGGUACUUCGAGUUCGAGGUGAGGACCGCCGGUCCCAUGAGGGUCGGCUGGGCCAAGGCCGACUGCGCGCCCGGCAACAUGCUCGGCAACGACGAGAACACCUGGGCUUUCGACGGAUACAACGAGGAAAAAGUUUACUCGGGCACAUCCGAGUCUUUCGGUAAACAGUGGCAGGUUAACGAUGUCGUCGGUGUAUUCUUGGAUCUUAUUGACAAAACCAUUAGUUUCUCCUUGAACGGUGAAUUAUUGAUGGACGCCCUCGGCGGCGAGACGUCGUUCGCCGACGUCCAGGGCGAGGCGUUCGUACCAGCUUUCACGUUGGGUGUCGGCCAGAAGGCAAAGCUUACUUUUGGCCAGGACGUCAACACUCUCAAGUACUUUACCACCUGUGGAUUGCAAGAGGGCUACGAGCCUUUCUGCGUCAACAUGAAUCGGCCCGUCACCUUCUGGUACACGAAGGACCAACCGAUCUUCGAGAACACGGACGACAUGGCCGACACUCGCAUCGACGUCGCCCGCAUACCCGCCGGCUCCGACACUCCGCCCUGCCUCAAGAUCUCGCACAACACCUUCGAGACCAUGGAGAAGGCCAACUGGGAAUUUCUCCGGCUCUCGCUGCCCAUCAUCUGCCAGUCGAGCUUCGUCAGCGAGUACGAGAAGGCCCAGCGCUGGCAGGAGAUCAAGUCGCGCCAGCAGAGGCUGUACCAGGACCAGCUGGAGGCCGCGGCGGCCCACCCGGGCAGCCCCUCGGCCCAGCAGCAGUCGGCCAACAUCGAGCAGAUACUGCGCUCGGGCUUCAGCAUGAGCGACAUCAAAGGAAUGACCGACUCGAUGGACGUGGACGAGGUCAUGCGAGAGUCGCCGCUGCCGAUGAAGCGGGGCAAGCAGCAGCAGCCGCCGAGACCGCCGAGGCGUGGCUCCAUGUCCGGCUCGAAGAAUCUCAUCGACAGCGACGGAGAGGGCGACGGGACGGACGGCAAGGACGCCGACAAGAAGAAACGCGGCAGGUCGCCCUUCCGCCGCCCUAGCGAAGAGAUGGAGCUUAUUAUCACUGAUUUCUUCUCCCGAAAGGACAAAGCAAAAGCACGAACUCCGGAGCCACUGGCGCGCGGCGAAACCGAGAGAAUCGCCAGACCGGCGCCGGUCGCGAGCAAAGGACCGAGAUCGGCGACGGUCCGCGCGCAGGAAACGACACCGUUGACGCCCGAGAUGAAAAUCGUGCCACCCGCCAUCCCCGAGCGAAGCGCGCCCAAGAACAUGUCGGUGAAUCUGUCGGGCUCGGGGGUCGAGUCGAUCGGCAACGAGAUCUACGACGCCGAGUGCCUCAAGCUCAUGAACGAGUACUUUUACGGCGUGCGCAUAUUCCCCGGACAGGACCCGACCCACGUCUACGUCGGCUGGGUGACGUCGCAGUACCACUUGCACUCGAAGGAGUUCAACCUGUCGAAGGUCCGCAAAGCGUCGGUCAGCGUUAUAAGCCACGAGGGCGUAUUGAUCGAAGAGGUAAAUCGCCAGAGCUGCUACAUGGUGCGAGCCGACGAGCUGUACAACGAGGUGACCCAAGACGCGUCGGGCAAAGGCGCCAGCCAGGGUAUGUUCAUCGGCUGCUUCGUCGACACGGCCACGGGUCUGGUCUCCUUCACCUGCGAGGGCAAAGAAACUUCCCGCAAAUUCGUCAUGGAGCCCGACACCAAACUCUUCCCGGCGAUCUUCGUCGAGGCCACCAGCAAAGAGAUCCUGCAGAUCGAGCUCGGCCGCACCUCGACCACGCUGCCGCUGUCGGCGGCCGUGCUUCAGUCCUCGGAGCGACACGUGAUACCGCAAUUCCCGCCGAGGCUGAAGGUGCAGUGCCUGAAGGCCCACCAGUGGGCCAGGGUGCCGAAUCAGUCGCUACAGAUACACGCCCUGAAGCUGUCCGACAUCAGGGGCUGGUCGAUGCUGUGCGAGGACGCCGUGUCCAUGCUGGCGCUGCACAUACCCGAGGAGGACAGGUGCAUAGAUAUUCUGGAGCUCAUCGAGAUGGACAAGAUGCUUAGUUUCCAUUCGCACACUUUGACCCUCUACGCCGCUCUGUGCUAUCAAUCGAAUUAUCGAGCGGCCCACGCGCUCUGCCAGCACGUCGAUCAGAAGCAACUGCUCUACGCCAUCCGGGCCGAAUACAUGUCGGGCCCGCUGAGGCAAGGAUUUUACGAUCUGCUCAUAUCGCUUCAUUUGGAGUCCCACGCGACGACCAUGGAGGUCUGCAAGAACGAGUACAUCAUCCCGUUAGGUCAAGAGCUGAAAGAUUUGUACGAGCAGGACGAGAUGCGUCACAGCUUGAGAUAUCUCGAAACCGAGUCCGUAAGACCGCAAAUGAAAAUGAGCGACAUCAGCGAGACGCAGAGCAUAGAGAACAUAAAAAAUCUCUACAGUCCGUUCUUCCCCUUGAGCGUAGUCCGAGAUUACGUGAUGAUGGCACUCAACGAAGCCGUGGAAAUUAAUCAAGUGCACAACAGAGAUCCGAUCGGUGGCAGCAACGAAAAUCUAUUCUUGCCACUGAUAAAACUCGUAGACCGACUACUUCUAGUUGGUAUGCUGAGAAACGACGACGUACAAAAAUUGCUCGUUAUGAUUCAUCCCGAAACUUGGGAUCCCACCUUUGAUAAGGAAGGCAAAGACGAGCACAGAAAGGGACUCCUCCACAUGAAAAUGGCCGAAGGCGCCAAACUGCAGAUGUGCUACCUGCUCCACCACCUGUGCGACAUUCAACUGCGCCACCGAGUCGAAUCGCUGAUCGCCUUCAGUCACGACUUCGUCGGCGAUCUCCAAGCUGAUCAGCUGCGCCGCUACAUCGAGAUCAAGCAGUCGGAUCUGCCCUCGGCCGUGGCCGCCAAGAAGACACGCGAGUUCCGCUGCCCGCCGCGCGAACAGAUGAACUCCAUACUGAGCUUCAAGAACAUGGAGGACGACGAUCCGGACAAUCAACCCUGCGGCGAGGAUCUGAUCGUGAAGAUGCGCGACUUUCACGACAAUCUGAUGAAGUUCGUGAGCUUGCACGCGCUGCAGGAGGCCGAGGAGGCCGCGGCCAACGAGGACGAGACGGAGAAGGCCGGCCCGAUCAAGAAGCUCAUGAAUUUCAUUCAUCACGUGAAAGAACUGGAAGAGGAUCCGAAACCGGAAGUCGAACCGGAGAAAAAGACACCCGAGGAGAUAUUCAGAAAAGUACUGAUAGCCACGAUCGUAAGCUGGGCCGAGGAGGCUCAAAUCGAAACUCCCAAAUUGGUUCGCGAAAUGUUCAGCUUGUUGGUACGACAGUACGACACCGUGGGCGAGCUCAUUCGCGCCCUCGAGAAGACCUACAUCACGAACAACAAAACCAAAGUCGACGUCGCCGAGAUGUGGAUCGGUCUGAGUCAGAUCCGAGCCCUGCUGCCCGUGCAGAUGUCUCAGGAGGAGGAGGCGCUCGUCCGCGAGCGACUCUGGAAGCUCGUGAACAAUCACACGUUCUUCCAGCAUCCGGAUCUGAUACGAGUGCUGCGCAUCCACGAGAACGUCAUGGCCAUCAUGAUCAAUACCCUCGGCAGACGAGCCCAAGCUCAGUCGGACGCCCAGGCCCAGGCUCAGGCCGUGGAGGGAGGCGGCGAGGCACCGGCCAAGGAGAAGGACACGUCCCACGAGAUGGUCGUGGCCUGCUGUCGCUUUCUCUGCUACUUCUGCCGGACGUCGCGACAGAAUCAGAAGGCCAUGUUCGAUCACUUCGACUUCCUGCUGGAGAACAGCAAUAUUCUGCUGUCGAGGCCGUCGCUCAGAGGCUCCACCCCGUUGGACGUGGCUUACUCCUCGCUGAUGGAAAACACCGAGCUGGCCUUGGCUCUACGCGAGCAUUAUUUGGAAAAGAUCGCCAUCUACCUGUCGCGUUGCGGUCUGCAAUCCAACUCGGAACUGGUCGAGAAGGGAUAUCCGGAUUUGGGAUGGGAUCCGGUCGAGGGCGAGCGUUAUCUCGACUUUUUGCGAUUCUGCGUCUGGGUCAACGGCGAGAGCGUCGAGGAGAACGCCAAUCUGGUCAUCAGGCUGUUGAUCAGACGACCCGAGUGUUUGGGUCCAGCCUUGAGAGGCGAGGGAGAAGGCCUAUUGAGAGCCAUCAUCGACGCCAAUAAACUUUCGGAGAAGAUCGCCGAUCUGCAGAAGAACAGCGACGUCGACGGAUACCUGCCGUACGAGCAUCCACUGCCCGAAUCGGACGAGGACGAGGAUUACAUCGACACCGGUGCGGCCAUUCUCAACUUCUAUUGCACCUUGGUAGAUUUAUUGGGCAGAUGCGCCCCCGACUCGUCGGUGAUCGAGCAGGGCAAGAACGAGUCGCUGCGAGCUCGGGCCAUUCUGCGCUCCCUCGUGCCUCUGGACGAUCUGCAGGGAGUGCUGUCGCUGAGAUUCACCCUGCUGAAUCCGGCGGCCGGCGAGGCCAGACCCAAGAGCGACACGCCCUCGGGCCUGAUACCCUCGCACAAGCAGAGCAUCGUCCUGUUCCUGGAGCGCGUCUACGGCAUCGAGACCCAGGAGCUGUUCUUCAAGCUGCUCGAGGAGGCCUUCCUGCCGGAUCUGAGGGCGGCCACGAUGCUCGACAGGAACGACGGCUACGAGUCCGACAUGGCCCUGGCCAUGAAUCGAUACAUCGGCAACAGCAUACUGCCGCUGCUGAUCAAGCACGCCAAGUUCUACAGCGAGGCGGACAAUUACGCGAGUCUGCUGGACGCCACCCUGCACACGGUUUACAGGUUGAGCAAGAACAGGAUGUUGACCAAGGGACAGCGCGAGUCGGUGUCGGACUUUUUGGUGGCGCUGACGAGCCAGAUGCAGCCGAGCAUGCUGCUGAAGCUGCUGAGAAAGUUGACCGUCGACGUCUCGGCCCUGUCGGAGUACACGACCGUCGCGUUGAGACUGCUGACCCUGCACUACGAUCGCUGCGGAAAGUACUACGGCUCGACGAGCAGCCAGAGCCUCUACGGGGCCUCGAGCGACGAGGAGAAACGCCUGACCAUGGUGCUGUUCAGCAACAUCUUCGACUCGCUCUCGAAGAUGGACUACGAUCCGGAGCUGUUCGGCAAGGCGCUGCCGUGUCUCACGGCCAUCGGCUGCGCCUUGCCGCCCGAUUACACGCUGUCGAAGAAUUACGACGACGAGUGGUACGGCACCAAGUCGGCCUCGGCGCAAUCGCCCGACGGACCUUACAAUCCUCAGCCGAUCAAUACGUCCAAUCAAAAUCUCACCAACGACCUGAACUCGAUAGUGCAAAAGUUCUCGGAACAUUAUCACGACGCUUGGGCCAGCAGAAAAUUGGAGAACGGCUGGACUUACGGCGAAUCCUGGUCCGACGUGAACAAGACUCAUCCACGACUGAAGCCGUACAACACCUUGAGCGAGAUGGAGAGGGAGCGUUACAAGGAUCCGGUGAGGGAGAGUUUGAAGGCCCUGCUGGCCAUCGGUUGGAGCGUCGAGCACGCGGAAUUGGACGUACCAUCGACGAGUCGCAAUUCGUUGAGACGAUCGUCCAAGAGUGCCGUAAGUUUCAUCGGGCUCGUUGCGAAUUCAGCUUUUACUUUUGCAAUUAACAUAUUUACCUUCCAGGGCGACGGUACGAGUCCUUACAACUACAAUCCGCACCCGGUAGACAUGACGAAUUUGACGCUCAGCCGAGAGAUGCAAAACAUGGCCGAACGACUGGCCGACAACGCCCACGACAUCUGGGCGAAAAAGAAGAAGGAGGAGCUGCUGACCAACGGCGGCGGUAUUCAUCCUCAGCUGGUACCCUACGACUUGCUCACCGACAAAGAGAAGAAGAAGGAUCGCGAGAGAUCCCAGGAAUUCCUCAAGUACCUGCAGUACCAGGGCUACAAGCUGCACAAGCCGAAUCGCGGCGGCGACCAGGAGCUGGCCGGGGCCGGGGCCGCGGUCGAGCUGCGCUUCGCCUACUCGCUCAUGGAGAAGCUCAUCGCCUAUCUCGACAAGGCCACCAUCAACAUGAAGAUCCUCAAGCCGUCCGACACGUUCUCGCGUCGCAACAGCUUCCGCACGCCCACCCGCGACAUCAAGUUCUUCAGCAAGGUCGUGCUGCCCCUCAUCGAGAAGUACUUCAGCACCCAUCGCAAUUACUUCAUCGCCGUGGCGACCGCGACGAACAACGUCGGGGCCGCCUCGCUCAAGGAGAAGGAGAUGGUCGCGGCCAUGUUCUGCAAGCUCGCGAGCCUGCUGCGCUCGAGGCAGACGGCCUUCGGCGCCGACAUACGCAUAAGCGUGCGAUGCCUCCAGGUGCUGGUCAAGAGCAUCGACGCCAAGUCCUUGACCAAGAAUUGCCCCGAGUUCAUACGCACGUCCAUGCUGACGUUCUUCAACAAUACGGCCGAGGAUCUGGGCCACACGAUAUUCUAUCUGCAGGAGGGCAAGAACAGCCAUCUGCGUGGUACGCACCUGAAGACGUCCGCCUCGUUGAGCUACAUCAACGGCAUAGUACUGCCCACUCUCACGGCCAUGUUCGACCACUUGGCCGCCUGCGAAUACGGGAGCGAUUUGUUGCUGGACGAGAUUCAAGUGGCCUCGUACAAGAUGCUGGCGUCUCUCUACACGCUCGGCGUCGACUCGACUCUGCCCCGCGAUCGCAAAUACCUCAAGACUGAAAUCGAGCGCAACAAGCCGAAUCUCGGCUCGUGCCUCGGCGCAUUUGCCAGCUGCUUCCCGGUGGCCUUCCUCGAGCCCCAGCUCAACAAGCACAAUCCCUACUCGCUCGCCAAUCGCAUCGCCGAUCAUUCCUUGGAGGCGCAGGACAUCAUGUCGCGCAUGGAGUCGAGCAUGCCCAAUCUCGAGGCGAUCCUCGGCGAGGUCGACCAGUUCGUCGAGUCCGACAAGACUUACGCGGACGCGCCGCACGUGGUGGACGUCAUACUGCCGCUGCUCUGCGCUUACCUGCCGUUCUGGUGGGCCCAGGGGCCGGACAACGUCAACGCCCAGGACGGCAAUUACAUCAGCAUGGUGACGAGCGAGCACAUGAAUCAGCUGCUGAAGAACGUGCUGAAGCUCAUCAAGAAGAACAUCGGUAACGAAAAUGCGCCGUGGAUGACGAGGAUAGCCGCGUACACGCAGCAGAUCAUCAUCAACUCCUCCGAGGAGCUGUUGAAGGAUCCGUUCUUGCCGUUGGCCGAGAGGGUGAGGAAGCGCACCGACAACAUGUUCCACAAGGAGGAGUCGAUGAGAGGAUUCUUGAAAUCGUCGACCGACGACACGUCCCAAGUCGAGGCUCAGAUCCAGGAAGACUGGCAGCUGCUCGUUCGCGACAUUUAUUCCUUCUAUCCACUGCUCAUCAAGUACGUGGAUCUGCAGAGGAAUCACUGGCUGAGAGACAACAUCUCCGAAGCCGAGGAUCUGUACAAUCACGUCGCUGCGAUAUUCAAUACCUGGUCAAAGUCGCAGUACUUCCUCAAAGAGGAGCAGAACUUCAUCUCGGCCAACGAGAUCGACAACAUGGUGCUGAUAAUGCCAACGGCGACGAGGCGACCCGCCGCGGUUUCCGAAGGCGCCGCGCCCGUGGGCGGCGGCAAAAAGAAGAAGAAACACCGCGACAAGAAACGCGACAAGGACAAGGAGAUACAGGCCUCCCUGAUGGUGGCUUGUUUGAAGAGAUUGCUGCCGGUGGGUCUGAAUCUGUUCGCCGGCAGGGAGCAAGAGCUGGUGCAGCACUGCAAGGAUCGAUUCCUGAAGAAGAUGUCGGAGCAGGAGAUCGCCGAGUUCGCCAAGACUCAGCUGACUCUGCCGGACAAGAUCGAUCCGGGCGACGAGAUGUCUUGGCAGCAUUAUUUAUAUUCGAAAUUGGGACAGCAGAAGGAGAUAAUAGAGGCGGUGCCCGGAGCCAAACCGGCCCAGGUCGACGACGUGGUGGCUCGCAUCACCGACAUGGCUAAAGUACUUUUUGGACUUCACAUGAUAGAUCAUCCACAGCAACAAAGCAAAAGCCAGUAUCGCUCAGUGGUAUCCAUACAGCGGAAGCGAGCUGUCAUCGCUUGCUUCCGGCAACUGUCCCUACAUUCCUUGCCCAGGCAUCGAGCUAUCAAUAUUUUCGUGAGAACGUAUUACGAGCUCUGGCUUCAAGAUGAAAAUGUCGGGCAAGAAGUCAUGAUCGAAGAUUUAACACAAACGUUCGAGGACGCCGAGUCGAAAAAGACGGACAGCGAAGAGGUCGAGGGUAAAUCCGACCCGCUGACGCAACUGGUGACGACGUUCUGCCGCGGCGCAAUGACCGAGAGAUCCGGGGCGCUUCAAGAGGACCCACUUUACAUGAGCUACGCUCAGAUCAUUUCCAAGUCUUGCGGCGAGGAGGAGGAGGAGGGCGACGAGGAGGGUGGCGGCGAGGAAGAGGGCGGCGCAUCGAUUCACGAGCAAGAGAUCGAGAAGCAAAAGCUCCUGUUCAAUCAAGCCCGCUUGGCGGAUCGCGGCGUCGCCGAGAUGGUGCUCCUCCACAUAUCGGCCUGCAAGGGCAUACCCAGCGAGAUGGUGAUGAAGACGCUGCAGCUCGGCAUUUCCAUACUGCGCGGCGGCAACAUCGACAUCCAGCGCGGCAUGCUCAAUCAUCUCAAGGAGAAGAAGGACGUGGGCUUCUUCACGUCCAUCGCCGGACUGAUGAACAGCUGCAGCGUGCUGGAUCUCGACGCGUUCGAGCGCAACACCAAGGCCGAGGGCCUGGGAGUGGGCGCCGACGGGGCCGCCGGCGAGAAGAACAUGCACGACGCCGAGUUCACCUGCGCCCUCUUCCGAUUCAUUCAGUUGACUUGCGAGGGUCACAAUUUAGACUGGCAAAAUUAUCUGAGAACGCAGGCGGGUAACACGACCACCGUGAACGUGGUCAUCUGCACGGUCGAUUAUCUGCUGCGGCUCCAGGAGUCCAUAAUGGACUUUUACUGGCACUACUCGAGCAAGGAGCUCAUCGAUCCGGCCGGCAAGGCCAAUUUCUUCAAAGCCAUCGGGGUCGCGAGUCAGGUGUUCAACACGCUGACCGAGGUCAUUCAGGGCCCCUGCGCCCAGAAUCAACAGGCGCUGGCCCACUCGAGGUUGUGGGACGCCGUGGGAGGCUUUCUCUUCCUGUUCUCGCACAUGCAGGACAAACUGUCCAAGCACUCGAGUCAGGUGGAUCUGCUGAAGGAGCUGCUGAAUCUGCAGAAGGACAUGAUCACGAUGAUGCUGUCGAUGUUGGAGGGUAACGUCGUCAACGGGACGAUCGGAAAGCAGAUGGUCGACACACUGGUCGAGUCGGCGAGCAACGUCGAGCUCAUUCUCAAGUACUUCGACAUGUUCCUCAAACUGAAGAGUCUGGUGUCGUCGGCCUUCGCCGAUGCGGACGAUGGCUGGGUGUAUCCGAAAGAUUUCAAAGAGAAGAUGGAACAGACGAAAAAUUACAGCGAAGAGGAGAUGGAGUUCUUGCUCGCCUGCUGCGAAACGAAUCACGACGGCAAAAUCAACUACAUCGCCUUCAUGGAGCGCUUCCACGAGCCCGCCAAGGAGAUCGGCUUCAAUCUCGCCGUACUCCUCACCAAUCUGUCCGAGCACAUGCCGAACGAGCCGCGCCUGGCUCGCUUCCUCGAGACGGCCGGCUCCGUCCUGAACUACUUCGAGCAGUUCCUGGGCCGCAUCGAGAUCCUCGGCAGCAACAAGCGCAUCGAGCGCGUCUACUUCGAGAUCAAGGAGUCCAACAUCGAGCAGUGGGAGAAGCCGCAGAUCAAGGAGUCGAAGCGCGCCUACUUUUACAACACCGUCGUGGACUCGGACGAGAAGGAGAAGCUCGAGACGUUCAUCAAUUUCUGCGAGGACGCCAUCUUCGAGAUGCAGCACGCCAGCGCCUUGAUGGCCGUGGAGGAGAGCGGUGGUGGCGGCAAAGCCAAGGACACCUCGUACACCUACAUGACCGACGAGGACGAGGACAAGAAGGAUCCGAUCAGGCGAAAGAUUCAGGCCUUCAAGGACGGAAUCUACUACUUCUUCUCCAUAUUCUCGCCGUCCAACAUAAAGACCAAGAUAGGCGAGCUCCAUCAGAUGUCGUACUUGGAAAUCUGCUUGGGAUUCAUCAAGACGAUAUUCCUCGCCUUCUAUUGGUCCGGUUUCGGGGUCACCAGCGUCAUCGCCUACUUCUUGAAUCUACUGCUGAGUCUGAUGAGAGGACCCACGCUCGAGGAGCCCAUCGUCGAGGCCAAGGAGGAGGACAUCAGGACGUCGCGGCAUCUGCCGGCACUGCCACCCACGCCGGACGAGUCCAACAUGCAGGUCCAGGCUUUCGGCAUGGACAUAACCAAGGAGGAGGGCCAGGUGAAGCUGUCGGCGCACGAAUCGCCGACCGGUGGUUCGCCGCAAGCCGGCAGUAUGGAGGAGUCGGGCGAGGGCGCCAACGAGGAGGGCACCGGUGAAGAAAGGGCUCUGGACGGUGGUGACGACGCAGCUGGUCCACUGGCCGAUUUACUUGGAGGCAAGCAAGCUCGCAUGCAAGCCCUGGCUGACGCCGAGGCCGUGGCCGUGCAGCAAGCGGCCAUGCUCGCGGUGGAGGCCGAAUCGAAGCAGGAAUCCACGGUCGAGCCGUCGGCCGCCUCGUCGAUGAACCUCAGCGAGUACAGUCAUCGUCUGGUCUCGUUCCUGGCCCGAAACUUUUACACGCUCAAGUACGCCGCGCUGGUGCUGGCCUUCCUCAUCAAUUUCAUGCUUCUGUUCUACAAAGUCACCGAGGUCCACGCCGAGAAGCUCGACGAGCUGGACGACCCGACGGAGAGCGGCCUCGGCGGCGGCGGCGUCAGCAGCGCCGAGAUACUCGAGGGCAUAGUGAACGACAUAGCGAACGGCACGGCCUUCGAGGGUUCCGGCGAGUUCGGGCUGGAAUUCGAGGAGGGCGGCGAAGGCGACGGCAGCGAGGAGGAGGAGGACGUCGAGGAGUUCGUCGAGGUCUCGGACGAGUUCAUCUUCAUUGCCUACCUCAUGAGGAUCAUGGCCGCCUGGCACUCGCUCAUAUCCUUGGCCAUGCUCGUCGCUUACUACCAUCUCAAAGUCCCGUUGGCCAUAUUCAAGCGCGAGAAGGAGAUCGCCCGGACGGUCGAGUUCGACGGCCUCUACAUCGUCGAGCAGCCCGGCGACUACGACUUCAAGUCCAACUGGGACAAGCUGGCGAUCUCGGCCAAGACCUUCCCCGUCAAUUACUGGGACAAGUUCAUCAAGAAGAAGGUGCGACAGAAGUACAGCGACACCUACGACUACGAGAUGAUCAACAAUCUGCUGGGCAUGGACAAGACCUCGUCGUUCAUUCAGGAGGAGGAGGGCUCGGGUCUGGUGCACUACAUAAUGAACAUCGACUGGAGGUAUCAGCUGUGGAAAGCCGGUGUCACGAUAACGGACAACUCCUUCCUCUACAGCUUGUUCUACUUUAUUUUCUCCAUCCUCGGCAACUACAACAACUUCUUCUUCGCCGCUCACUUACUUGAUGUGGCGGUCGGUUUCAAGACUCUGCGCACCAUCUUGCAAUCCGUAACGCACAACGGCAAACAACUCGUCCUCACGGUCAUGUUAUUGACCAUCGUCGUGUACAUAUACACCGUGAUUGCCUUCAAUUUCUUCAGGAAGUUUUACAUACAAGAGGAGGACGACGAGGUGGACAAAAAGUGUCACGACAUGAUGACGUGUUUCGUGUUUCACUUGUACAAGGGAGUCAGAGCCGGUGGUGGUAUCGGUGACGAGAUCGGCGAACCCGACGGCGACGUUUACGAAGUUUAUCGAAUAAUGUUCGACAUUACUUUCUUCUUCUUCGUCAUUGUCAUUUUGCUGGCUAUCAUUCAAGGUUUGAUCAUCGAUGCUUUUGGUGAGCUUCGUGAUCAACUCGAAAGCGUCAAGACCAACAUGGAGAGCAACUGCUUCAUUUGCGGACUCGGGAAGGAUUAUUUCGACGCGGUUCCGCACGGGUUCGAUACCCACGUACAGCAGGAGCAUAAUCUUGCGAAUUACAUGUUCUUCCUCAUGCAUCUGAUCAAUAAACCGGACACGGAGCACACGGGUCAGGAGACGUACGUGUGGAAGAUGUAUCAGCAAAGGUGCUGGGACUUUUUCCCCGUGGGCGACUGCUUCCGCAAGCAGAACGAGGCCGGCGAGGACGAAGCCAAGAAGAAAUAAGGCCCCGACGCACGACUGUAAUUAUUCGGUUCAAUUUUUGCUACCUUGGCUAUUUUUCUGAAUCUCGUCUCUGUGAGAGAAGAGGAAUUGAGAAAAAUUGCCGAGAAAACGAGAUACAGCGUCGUUCGGAAAACAAAACUGAGUUAAUUCGUUAACUUAAUUUUUACAGAUAUAAGUCUAUUGAGAAAAAAAAUCAUUUUUGUAUAUUAUCAAAGCAAGAAGCUAUGAUACAAAUAUAAUAUAUAUUUUUCGCCGACGCUUUUUUUCAGUGUAAAGAACUUUUAUUGAUUGGACUGCUGCUUCGGUUAACUGAAUAACGAGUAUAAAGUUAUUUUUCCAUCUUUGUAAAAGUUGUAGUUAUUACUCACACCGAAGCGAGUACGUGAUAAUUAUCAUGGUAAAUGAUGAUAAUGAUUU